CUCCUCCUUUUCCUCUCCGGUCCUCUCUGCAGUCCGCAGUGAAGCCAGCGGCGGCAGUCACAGCAGCGCACUGCGUCUCCAAACACCGCUCCUCCCUGCGAUCUCCCCGGCAGGUGGAAAGCAUCUCACACGGGAUCGCGACAAUGGCUUUCAUCUUUGUCUUGACCUUCCUGGCCCUGGUGGUCUCAGCUGAAGGUAGUGUUGGACGGAGUAGCAACACCAGCUUCUGCACAGAGUCAAAGGAGUGUCUGGAAUAUGAGCUGGUCUGCAAAACAGAUGAGUAUGAAGUGCGACACUACAGUCCGACUCGCUGGCUGUCAACAGAUGCCGAAGCCUAUUUCAUGGGAGUGGGAGCAGCCAUGGCUUUCAGGAGACUUUUCCAGUACAUCACAGGAGCCAAUGAAGCAGGCGUCCAGAUGGAGAUGACCGCCCCCGUCCUGGUCAAGAUCCCGGAGGAGACCAAGAUGUGGGAGCCGGCUAUCUACACGCUCAACUUCCCGCUGCCUGCAGCCUAUCAGGACAAGCCGCCUGCACCCACCAAUGACAAGCUGUAUUUCACCGAGAUGCCGGAGAUGGACGUGUACGUGAGGAGCUACGGAGGCUGGAUGCUGUCGGUGACCUCCAGGCUUCACGCCCACCUGCUGACCAAAGAGCUGGAGAGAGUCCGAGCGCCCUACAAUCACAGCUAUCACUACGGAGUCGGCUAUGACAGUCCUUUGAAGCUGUUGAACAGGCACAAUGAGGUGUGGUACGUAGCCGAGGGCGAGCCGGUUUGCACUGAUCCACAGGAGCCGACCCCUGCACACACUCCCAGGCCGACUCCGACCGACUCACCCACAGACGCCCCGUCCGACCCCCUCCCUCACACACUCUCUGACUCACCCUCACUCGCCCCCUCAAACCAGUCCUCAAACACAACGUCCAACUCCUCUUCACAAAUGCUCGCUGACUCGCCCGCCCUCCCGCCAUCUAACCCUCCGCCCAGUCCUUCAUCCGACCUGCCCGCUGAGGCCGCCUUCAGCCAUCCCCCGACCUCCGCCCAGGCCCCUCUGGACUCGACCACCAACUCCUCCGACCCCGCCUCCGUGAGCCCGUCGUUGGAGCCGCAGGCCGACGCCGCCCAGUGGAACAGCACAGCCCAGAGCUCUGUGGACACAGCGGCCAACGGCAGCCCCAAGGUGGAGCCAGACGGCGCUCAUUAGCAGCAGCCAGAUGUGAUUUCAGCAGCUAAUCCAAGUAUAUUAACAUGGAGUCUAAAUAGAAGGCAAACACUGGAGGAGGUGUGACGGAAAGAUGGGUGAGUGUGUGACAUAGAUGGACACGCUGUUCUCUUCCUCCUUAUCUCUCUAUUCCUGUGUAUUACACCUCCUUGUGGCACUUAGUGGUUAAAUAUAUGUUCUAUCACAGCUUUGCACCUGCAGCACCUCCUGUAUCGCCCAGUACACUCCUUCCCACGUCGUCCCUCUGAGGUUAUCAAACAGCUGCAUCAUAGAAUUAAGUAAAAUGUAUGUAUUAGUUAGACACUUAGUAUUCCAUGUUAUGUGUUGAUUCAUGAAGCUAGCAGGGCAGAAGUGGGCGUCCUUCACCGUCAGCUAACUAACUGAUGGGGCGUCAAUGGACAUCUGUGUGUAUUCGAUAAAUAAAAUGCCGGAAAUCACCACAGCAGGCCAUUAUAUCAGAGGACACUUGUCUUAAUGUGUUCUAGCCAUUCUUGUCAGUGGAGUUUAAAGCUGUAAUUAGUGAUUCCUGAGAGUUUCUGUCCAGUUAUAACUUCCUACGAGCUUCAUCAGUUACUUUCGUAUGUGUGGCAACAUAUUGGUGAAUCAUUAUAAAAUCAGUGUGCAUCUUCACUGGGAUCUUUGUCGCAGUCUUAAGCCUAACUAAUACUAAAAUUUACUAAAUAAUACCACAGAUAUUAUUAGCGUUAUUUCUACCAUGGAUAAAAACCUUUAUUACUAGUAUUUAUGCUCAAAAGUGCCUGCAAACUCUGGCCAUAUGCUUUGCAAAACUUGUUUUCUUCAUAUUUUAGUUUUUUUUUCUGGGUUUUGUUGUGGAUUUUUCUGGCCAGUUUAGUCAACCUUUGGAUAUUUACACAAAGAAUAUUAAUAGCAUACAGCAUGCCUCGUCUAGUCAGACCUUCCCUUAACUUCUUCAGGUAAAAGUUGAGCAAAAAAUAAAUAAAAGCAAUGAAUGUUUUAGGAUAAUCAAAUGAUGAAGUCAGACCCACACAAGCUGAUUCCAAUCUGAGGUGUUAAAAAAAUAAAUAAAGAAAAAUUUACAGAAACUGAUUUUUCGUUUCACUAACUUAGCCCAAAAUGUUUUGUGAGUUAAUUACAUGGCCUCACGUAAAACAUCAGUGGUGGAAUGUAACAAAGUACAUCUACUGAGGAACUGGACUUCACUGCAAAUUUAAUUUACUUGCACUUUCCUUAUUUGAUUUGUAUACUUUUCCCCUUUAAAAGAUCUCACCGGUAAAUGUUGUCUGUUUUUUUUAAAUUACAUUGUGUAAUAUGAUGCAUUGCUGUGCGCUAAACUGCGUUAAUGUAUUAAAAUGUACUUCACCUUAAACAUCUACAGCGGUUAAAUGCAGCAUACACAUGAAUACAGCAGUAAUAUUAGCCCAAAAAACAUCCUAUACAACGGUAAAACACUGACUGGAACUAUUUUUUGCAAGAUAAGUUCUUUCAACUUGAAUGCUUCACACACAUUUGUCUGAUAAUCCUUAAACUUUUACUCAUGUAAAGUUUUGAAUGUAGGUCUUUGUGGUGGAGCAUUUUCAUAGUUUGGUGUUAACACUUAGACUUAAGGUUCUGACUGCUUUCUUCCACCACAGUUCAGUGCUCACACAAGUACACAACAGCAAGAUCCAAAUACAUACACACGUGGACAAAAUUGUUGGUACCCCUCAGUUAAAGAAGGAAAAACCCACAAUUCUCACUGAAAUCACUUGAAACUCACAAAAGUAACAAUAAAUAAAAAUUUAUUGAAAAUUAAAUAAUCAAAAUCAGCCAUCACUUUUGAAUUGUUGAUUAACAUAAUUAUUUAAAAAAACAAACUAAUGAAACAGGCCUGGACAAAAAUGAUGGUACCCAUAACUUAAUAUUUUGUUGCACAACCUUUUGAGGCAAUCACUGCAAUUAAACGAUUUCUGUAUUUGUCAAUGAGCGUUCUGCAGCUGUCAACAGGUAUUUUGGCCCACUCCUCAUGAGCAAACAGCUCCAGUUGUCUCAGGUUUGAUGGGUGUCUUCUCCAAAUGGCAUGUUUCAGCUCCUUCCACAUAUGUUCAAUGGGAUUCAGAUCUGGGCUCAUAGAAGGCCACUUUAGAAAAGUCCAACGCUUUUCUCUCAGCCAUUCUUGGGUGUUUUUGGCUGUGUGUUUUGGAUCGUUGUCCUGUUGGAAGACCCAUGACCUGCGACUGAGACCAAGCUUUCUGACACUAGGCAGCACAUUUCUCUCCAGAAUGCCUUGAUAGUCUUCAGAUUUCAUCGUACCUUGCACACUUUCAAGACACCCUGUGCCAGAUGCAGCAAAGCAGCCCCAAAACAUUACUGAGCCUCCUCCAUGUUUCACCGUAGGGACAGUGUUCUUUUCUUCGUAUGCUUGGUUUUUGAGUCUAUGAACAUAGAGUUGAUGUGCCUUACCAAAAAGCUCCAGUUUGGUCUCAUCUGUCCAAAGGACAUUCUCCCAGAAGCUUUGUGGCUUGUCAACAUGCAUUUUUGCAAAUUCCAGUCUGGCUUUUUUAUGAGUUUUUUUCAGCAGUGGUGUCCUCCUUGGUCGUCUCCCAUGAAGUCCACUUUGGCUCAAACAACGACGAAUGGUGCGAUCUGACACUGAUGUACCUUGGCCUUGGAGUUCACCUUUAAUUUCUUUGGAGGUUGCUCUGGGCUCUUUGGAUACAAUUCCAACGAUCCGUCUCUUCAAUUUGUCAUCAAUUUUCCUCUUGCGGCCACGUCCAGGGAGGUUGGCUACUGUCCCGUGGGUCUUGAACUUCUGAAUAAUAUGAGCCACUGUUGUCACAGGAACUUCAAGCUGUUUAGAGAUGGUCUUAUAGCCUUUACCUUUAAGAUGUUUGUCUAUAAUUUUUUUUCGGAUGUCCUGGGACAAUUCUCUCCUUCGCUUUCUGUUGUCCAUGUUCAGUGUGGUACACACCUUUUCACCAAACAGCAGGGUGACUACUUGUCUCCCUUUAAAUAGGCAGACUGACUGAUUAUGAGUUUGGAAACACCUGUGAUGUCAAUUAAAUGACACACCUGAGUUAAUCAUGUCACUCUGGUCAAAUAGUUUUCAAUCUUUUAUAGAGGUACCAUCAUUUUUGUCCAGGCCUGUUUCAUUAGUUUGUUUUUUUUAAUAAUUAUGUUAAUCAACAAUUCAAAAGUAAUGGCUGUUUUUGAUUAUUUAAUUUUCAAUAAAUUUUUAUUUAUUGUUACUUUUGUGAGUUUCAAGUGAUUUCAGUGAGAAUUGUGGGUUUUUCCUUCUUUAACUGAGGGGUACCAACAAUUUUGUCCACGUGUGUAAGCACAGACUCACCUCCUCCCUCAGCACGCUUUACCAUUAAACCAGGUAUCGGCAUCUUUUCAAUUACUUUUCUGCGUGAACUUUCCCAGUCCUCGUUCUUUUGUGCGUCUCCACAAUAAUCUAAAUUUGCCUGUGGAGUUUUUGACCACAAUGUUGAGAUGAGCAGGUUUUUGCUUUCUUUGUAUCUGGUGUUUUACCAGAAGAUGUGCAGUCUAUAAAUAGGAUGAGGUCAGGGGUUACAUGAUGCAUGAUAUUUAAACUGAAUGCAGAAAGCAGUAAGAGCUGGUGGCAGUAAUGUGCUGCAGAAGGUAAAAUGUGCUAAAAAAGAAGAGGACAAACGCUACAAGUUUAUGUAAACGCCUCAGACAACAAAACCUUUCAAAAGGCUUACCUGGCGGUUUAAGGAGUAGGAAAUAGAUGCUUUCAGCCCUUAAGGAUGUUGGUUGUUUCUGUGUUUGUUACCAAAGGAAAUCUUACAGUACACCUUUACUCUGAUGGAGAAAAUAAGGCCCUAACUCCAUUCUGUCCUGUGAAAUUUGUCCUAAAACUUUCGUAUUUAUACCCAGAAACUCUGUCCACAACAAUUCUUCUUGGUCUUACUUUUUUGCAGCCACGCAGCAUUUUAAGUAAUUGUGGUAAGGCUGCACCAAAGAUCUCAAAAAAAUCAUGCCUGAUCAAACCAAUGCAAUAAGAGUUAUGUAUGUGAAUAAAUACCAUUCGCUGUCGAUGCAUCUCUGAGCUACAUACUGUAUGUUCUGAGGAGGGUGCAAUAAAAAAAGAAAACUCUUGA